AUGCUAAUAUAUGAACCGAUAGGAAUAACAGCGACCUUAGCAGUUUGUACUACGAUUUUACAGUUUCUCUCUGGGAUUAUAGUGUGCAAGCAAUAUGUGGAUAAUAAAACAACUGCAGAAUCGUCCCCACUCCCAUUCUUUUGUGGGUUUGCUUCAAGCGGCGUAUGGCUUUUGUAUGGAAUGGCAAAACAAGAUAAUAAAAUAGUUUUUGUUAAUGCAGUUGGAGUAAUUUUAAUGGCUUCAUAUGUUAUUGUAUUUUACCUGUAUACAUUUAAGAAGUCUUCUGUACUAAGGCUGAUUUUAUUAACACUCGUCUUCUAUGGUUUUAUUAUGGGAUAUAUGUCUGUAGAACUGGACAACGAAGUACUUGUAAAUAGAUUUGGUCUGUUAGCAUGUUUUCUUACGCUGUUGACAAUUGCUGCACCAAUGAGUAAAUUGAUUUAUGUAAUUAAAACAAAAAGUACAGAUUGCCUUCCAUUUCCUAUGAUAUUUAUGUCAUUUAUUGUAUCGAGCCUUUGGUAUAUCUAUGGCAUGAUGGCUGGAGAUUCAUAUAUAAUGGUACCAAAUUUAGUAGGUGGAGGCUUGUCUUUCCUACAACUUUCACUAUUUGUUAUAUAUCCUAGUGUCCCACAGCAACAAUUAAUACCUAAAUCUGUUUUAGCA